AUGGAGGACCACGGUGACCUUGUAUCAGCGGGCUCCAGCUGGUCGCAGCGGCAGGUCGGGACCCCCGACCGACCACUGCGGGUGCUCGCCAGCCACGACCCGCCCUACCUAUACGUCCACCAGCUCCAGAACGGCUCGUACCACUACGAGGGCUACCUGUUCCAGCUGUGGGAGGCCAUCACCAGCGAGCUCAACCUCAGCUACGUGAUGCAGCCGGUGGUGGAUCUGGGCUACGGCAGCGUCACCGAGAACGGCACCUGGACCGGCGUAGUGGGCGAACUGGCCUACGGACGCGCAGACGUCGCUCUCACCUGGCUGAAGAUGCGCAGCGACCGCAAGACGGUCAUUGAUUUCAUGGACGCCGUGCCGGUGGCGUUCGAUGCAGCGACGUUCUACAUUCGUCAGGGAUCAAAGACGAUCCCUGAAAUGACUCCGAGUAUCUUCAGCGCUCUUCUGAAGCCGCUGAGCGCUGACGUUUGGUGGAUAAUUCUGGCAUUCCUGUUUGCGAUGUCGGUCGCGCUUCGCGUGACUGUGCGCUUCAACCACCCCAGAGCUGAGGACCGGCGGACCGUCAGUGAGAUGACCUGGUCGUCGUGCCUGCUCUCCAGCUUCAUGGCUCUGGUGAACCAGGGCUGGGCUAGCACGCCGAGCUCCCUGGCCGCACGGGUCGUGACCGUCUCCUGCUGGGUGCUGAGCAUCCUCAUCUACGCCAUUUACACUGCCAAUCUCAUCUCCUACCUAACCGUCACCAAGGUGGACCGGCCCAUCACCAGCCUGCGCGAGUUUGUCGAAGAGCCCGGCUGGCUGUUUGCCAUCGAGCCCGGAUACGCCAACCUCAACGACUGGAAGGCUAGUGGUGAUCAGUACGAGCGCGAGCUGUACCGUCGCGCUGCCACCGGGGACAGCUACAUCCGACUGGAGCUGAGCGGGCCGACCGGCCGGCGCACCACCGAGCCCUACGUCAUGACGUUCGUCGACCUGGACCGGCUGCUGUUCUCACAGGGCCCGGAGGCGUGUCACCUGGUGCCGCUGUUUGGCCGACAGCCCACCAGGAACCCCCAGUACCUGGCCAUCGCGCAGGACCUGGGCCAGACCAAGCGGGCCAUCAACACGCUAAUGCUGCGGAUGCUGGAGAGUGGUGUCGUGUCGCGCCUGCAGAACUAUUGGCUGACGGCUGCGAAGGACAUCUGUCGCUCCACGGCCACGUUUAAAGAGAUGUCCACUCAGGCCAUGGUCUCGGCAAUGGAGUCGCAUCGGUUUGCGUCUGGUCAGUAUCGGUAG